GCGCUGUUAAUAAACGCAUGGAGGAAUUGCAAGGGACCGGUGGUCUGCAGGCUUGCGCUUGUUUCUCAUUCCUUUCGUCCAGCAUAUCCGUAUAUUAGCAGUCCCAAUAUUUCGCCUGUCGUUGAAUAAUGUACCGAAGAAAAUCCGUGAGCAAAAGGCGGCUGCCGAGCGAAGAGACGCAGCAGGGAGGCGGUGCGUGGUUUGGGCCAUCGCCCUGCUGGACCGAGUCGAGCAGCGAAAUCGACGGUGCCGAGGUCACAGCGUUUCGCGACCACGUAUGCCGGCGACUCGACGAGCAAUGGAUGAUGCUGCGGCAGCUGAUGCAGAUGGUCCAAGACAUGGGUCAGCUGCAGCGCGAAGCAGCACCUGUCAACGUGCCGCUGCGAUUCAACCCGCGUGUAGAGCCUCCAAAGGAGCACUGGCCCCUCCAGCACAGUUCAGACAGCACAAUUGCUUUGCGCAUGACCCGCAGGCAAGCAGAGGCUGCUGCGGUGGAGACAGCGCAGGCAAGCAUCCAGUCACCGGGUGCAGCUGCAAAGAAGCGGCAGCCAUUGAAAAUCAAGGGCCUGCUUAUUCAGGCUAGAUCUGCUGCCCAGAGCCCUGCGUCGACCGAGACGCUGUCUGUCGCCAGCCAGUCGUCGCCAUUGAUGGAUAUGUGGAGCCAGUGUUUGAGGACACGAGAUUCGCUGACUGAGGAAAUGGAGCGGUCCAGGAAGACCGGAGAGAUGGCCAACGAGAUGCUCAAGGAUAUUGACUCCAUUCUCGAGGCUCCAGUUGGGGAUGCUCGGAGUGGUCUGGCCCGGCAUACAGUAAGCCCCGGUAUACAUGGCCCGGUCCAGCAAGCAGUAGCACCACCACCCCCAGCACCACCGCCUCCACCGCCUCCCAUGUCAUGCUCAUCGGUGACUGCAGCACCAGCACCACCACUGGCUGCACAACCACCAGCAGCCCCUCCACCACCCCCAGUGACGACAUCGCCUUCAAAUGUAACUGCGUCUCUGCCUGCCCCUGCCCCUGCCCCUCCCCCGCCGCCACCACCACCACCACCACCACCGCCGCCGCCGCCGCCCCCUCCUCCCCCUCCUCCGCCUUCAGCGGUCCUGACAGCCCCAGCAGUCCUAGCCCAGCCAACUACUGCCCCCAGGGCACCCACUACGCCACCAGUAUGCCCAGCCUGUGCGUGCUCGUGCAAGCAGCACCACCAUAUUCCGAGCAGCCAUGCAGCAGCCGUCCCUGGCCAGAACAAACCGACCACCCAGGCGUCGCCCUCUGGAAGGGGCAAGGCGUCGGUCCUGGAGCUGGCCCGCAUGUUUGACAGUGGGCGGUGAAGAUUGACCACGCCACGCAGCGGUUAGUGGUCGGCUCCAACAUCGCUUUCAGCAAAUCUGCUUUUUUUAGGGUGCCAAUUUACGGAGCCGGCCCAGUGCAGGUAAAAAUAGACAGCUAAAAUUGGGGGGCCGCCGGUUCUAUCAGCCUGCCUUGCCCCUCGCAUGAAUGGGGGAGGGUCAGCACCAGCACCAGCAGAGCAGGCUCUACUCUCUUUUUCCACCAGACUAGCAUUUUUAUUCCCUUCUUUCCUGCUUCGCUGACACCUUUUUGCACGCUCACUCUAUUUUUCAAGAACGCACCUUUCUCUCUUUUUCUCUCUCUUUCCCCGUAUCUCUAACGUCAUACACACCUGUUAAUAGCUGAUGAAGGUACCAUUUUUCCGCUCCAAGAACACACGCUCCAGCAGCCGGCGCGGCUCGGCGCUCGACAACAUCGC